ACUUUGAAAAAGCGUAAACUAAUUUGAUAAGCAAUAGCUUUCGAAAGGUGGAGGGAGGCGGGGGCUGAGACAUACAUGAAGAACGAAAAACCCCCGACAGCUACGGAAGCGGCUGCUUGAUAGGGCCUCGAUUGGUUUCGAUCUCUUACACAGAGACGAUUCAAACUCACAAAUACUUCGAUCCCAGAAAUUGCAAAUUCCACCUGCUCACCCCGAAACCGAAGAAAUGUCUCUCCUAUUCCAUUUCCCCUAUCCAUUUUUCUCCUCUGCUUCCCAUUGUUUCCCCUUCUCAAUCCUUUUACCUGUGGCGCCCACCGCCCGGACCCACUCAUCACGACGGCCAAGGCUUCCACCACCGCCGUCGCACUGCUCUGCCCACUUCUUUCCUCAGAUGCCGUAGUGGGUUGAUGAAGAUGAAAUAUAUUGGAGACGUAGAAGAGGUGAUGAAGAGUUAGAAUGGUCACAUAGUUCCACCCAUGUAAUUUUAAAGCUAGCUCAAUGUUUUACUAAUGCUAUGGUUGGACCUCGAUCAUGGAUCGUAGGAAUCUUCAAUCGCUCAGGCAAUAAAAAGAACGAUAAGUUUCAAUACCCUUUGAGUCCUCUUCAGGAGGAAAGGCUUCAGAGGCUACAAGACCGAAUUCAUAUACCUUAUGAUGAGAUGUGCAUUGAGCAUCAAGAAGCUCUGAGGGCAUUAUGGGAUGUUGCCUUUCCAGAUGUUGAGCUUAAAGGGUUGAUAUCUGAGCAAUGGAAAGAAAUGGGUUGGCAAGGUGCUAAUCCAUCCACUGACUUUAGGGGUUGCGGUUUUAUUUCCCUUGAAAACUUGCUGUUUUUUUCCAGGACAUUUCCGGCAUCUUUUCGUAGGUUAUUAUCGAAGGAAGGUGGCAAUCGAGCAACUUGGGAAUAUCCGUUUGCUGUUGCUGGCAUAAACAUAUCGUAUAUGUUGAUUCAAAUGUUGGAUUUAAAAUCAGCAAAGCCAAAGUGUAUUCCAGGACUCAAUUUUAUGAGACUAUUAGGAGAAAACGAAGAAGCAUUCGACAUUCUAUUCUGCGUAACUUUCGAAUUGAUGGAUGCUCAAUGGCUUGCCAUGCAUGCUUCCUACAUGGAGUUUAAUGAGGUCCUGCAAGUAACCAGAGAACAGCUGGAAAGAGAGCUAUCUCUAGAGGAUAUUCACAGAAUAGAAGACUUACCAGCUUAUAAUCUGUUGCUUCUGUAGUUAUGUUGUCACUGAAAGAUUGUAUACUGAACAAUGGCAGCCAGUUCCAGAGAGUGUUUUGAGUUUGAACUUGAAAACCCACCAUUGACCACUGUAUGCAUUAUUAUAGAGGUCAUAGAAAAUCAUUAUGAAGUUAAUUUUAGUUGUUUUUUUUUUUUUUUUUUUGGGUAUGAUUUUAUACUUCUUCGAAAAGAAGAAAUAGAGAUGUAUAAGACGCGAUUGUUGUAAGUUGUCAUGACUAUGUAUUAUCAUAACUCUCAUUUAGUUCAUAA